AUGAUUUCCGUUCGGCGGCAGGACUCGUGGGGCGUCGUAGGGCUGGAUCCUCGUGGACAGCAUUCACAGCACGGCUACGUGGGUGCGGCCCGAAAGACAUCCGGGAGGGCGCAGACAGCCAUGCCCUCGGGACAAGUGCCGGCACUUCGGACCAUGAUGGCACCCAAGUCGGAAGAGGAAUGCUUCGAGCUCCUGGCCAAGGAGCUGUCAUCUUUACCAGACAGGGAGCCUCCCGUUGCUCAGAACGGCGAGACGUCUCCAGACGGAGGGCAACUGACGCCUGUAGCCAUGACGACGAGUGUGAGCAACGUCCCCGCGGUGGGCACAGCUACCAAUGUUAUGAUUGCAAAGACGAUUCGAGCUGCCAUGUCGGACAUUCGCCCAUUCUCUUGA